AUGCAAUCAUAUAAUGAUUGGGAAUAUAUUCGAGGUCUGGGUGUAGGUGGUUUUGGAGAAGUCCACCUGUGGCGGCAUCGUAUUACAAAUCAGGAAAUCGCUACGAAACUUUUGAAACCCAACACAUUGCUGAGACCACACGAAGUUGGCAAAUUUAAAAAACGUUGGCUUCAAGAAUACAAUUGGAUGCAUUCACUGCAGACGCCCUACAUUGUGGGUGCCAUUGAUUUGCCCGACAAGACAUUUCUCAGUUAUCUACAGAAUAACAAUCAUAUGCGCGAGCUACCCGUUAUAGUCAUGGAAUACUGUAAUGCGGGAGAUUUGCGUAGUCGCCUGGAAGAAAUCGAACACCAAAAUGGUUUGCAUGAAAAGGAGAUUCGUGGUAUAUUGCUGGCCCUGCGGCAUGCUGUAGAAUAUCUACACAAUGAAUGUAAUAUUGAGCAUCGUGAUAUAAAACCAGAGAAUAUUGUCAUACAUCGUGAUGGUGGUGGUGGAACUAUUUAUAAGUUAACAGAUUUUGGUUAUGCCCGUGAAAUACCAGAAGAAACAAUUGCCCAAAGUGUGGUGGGCACCCGACACUAUGUCGCCCCCGAAGUUAUUGAACCCGGUAGUUAUACCAAAACGGUGGAUUAUUGGUCGGUCGGUGUCAUGACGUUUGAGUUAAUCUGUGGCAUUCGACCAUUUCUGCCCCACAAAGAAUUCAAAGUGAUUUUGACAGAGAUUUUGGUUAAACCACCCAAAAGUAUUGCCAUUACCCAGGAUUUGAAACCUUUCCAGCAACAAGAAAAAUACCAUAGUCACGAUAAAAUAUUCCAUGAAAAUCUUUGUUCGCCCAUUUUUAUUGAACGUAUUGAGAAAUGGCUUCAAUUGGCUUUGGAUGGUAACUACAAGACCCGAGGCCACACCGAAGACCGGCUGUGUUUCUUCACCGAUUUGGAUUCCCUAUUGGCAACGAAAAUUAUCACCGUCUUCUCUCUAAGUUCAUAUGAAUUUUAUCAUUUCGAUGCUACAACAUUUGCCAAUACUGGCGAUUUUUUCAAUCAACUUUCUCAGCAGACACAAAUUAAGCCAGAACACAUUUUCAUAACACUACCACCAUUACAUCCGAAACGAAUUUUGGCCAAUAUCCGGGAGCCAAUUGAUUUCUAUGUGGACGAAUGGUCAGAUACCGGUAAUCGUGAUAAUCCACGUGCCAUGUUAUAUGUAACGGAUGUAAAAAAACGACAAUGCGACUACAAUUCACAUCGUAACACGAUGAACUCAUAUAGCGCGCAAUCGAUAAUGGAAUUUUUUAAAAUCGAUAAACAAAAAUAUGACAAAGUUCCGAUUUGGUUGUUGGAAGAAUUUGAAAGGCGUGUCCACUAUUUGUUGCAAAACGAACAACGUUACUUGGAAUGCUAUAUACAUGGGCUAUAUCAAUUUAUAAUUUCCAUUGAAGAUGAAGCUUUUCGUAUGGAAGAGAGCAUUCAACGAAUUCAUGAGAAUACAUUGCGUGUGGCUGGACGGUUCCAACAAUAUGAGUAUACAGCAAAUUUAUGUGCCAAAAUGCAGAACUCACAAGUCCCUGCCGGACGGGCUAAUGCAUUAAGUGACAAAUUGCACGUUCUGCAAGGUGAGGUCGUCUCAAAACUUAGAGAACGUCACCGAUCAUUAUUGAGACAUUGUAAAGCUCUUGCCAGUCGGGAAAUACUACAAUCUCUGCCCAAAGAAGAUAUUUACAAGCUCAAAUCAUUUCGUGAAUUUCUCUCCAGAACAAAUCUAUCCAUGGCAUCGAAUGCCCAACGCAUGAAUAAUUGUAUUGAGGCCGUUGAUAGAUGGGCAACACAAACAUCGAAAUUUCCCAGCAACGAAUUAUUUGAACUACACGAUGAAAUUAUGAUCCAGUGUAGUAUUUAUGUGAAAAUAUUAUCAAGUUUAGAACCCAACUUUAAGCUAUUGAAUAAUUUGGAAAAGGAACUAGAAAGUGAAACUGAAAGAAUGCUAUCGAUGCCGCCGCGUCAAAAUGGUGAACUUAUUACGAAAAUGGGUAGUCUCUGUAUUGAUGGCGGGAAUGAUCUUCCUCAACCGGCACCGAUGUCUCACAACAGUGUGGAUUCUUUGUCAUUGGUGUUGAAUGGUCAUUGCCAAGAGGAUGUUACAAAACUCAUUGAAAACAUUAAUAAUUUAAAUGAUUCACUCAUGAACGUUUGGGGAACUGAAUCGGAUGAUAUGUGUAUCGAUGAUAGUUUGCCCACAACUAUUAAUGAUAUAUAA